CAGCCCUUUGACGACACUAUCGUCCCCGUCAGAUAGAUUCGCCACAAAACCAAGCGUUUCCUCAGGACAUUUUGAUGAAGUGACACAAAAGUAGCGGCCUGCAAUGCUUCGUACAUUUCCGGAAAACAUGGGGAUCGUUUUUUGAAAGCGUAAGAAGUGGCAGGAACUGGCGCCUAAUGCACCUAAUAUGCUCAUUAAUUAAAAGUAGAAAAAGUAAGCCUUGUUGGAGUAAAGAUAAUUAAACAACAUAGGACGCACAGCCAGAAGAACUAAAACAUAGUAUUUCAAACGUGUAUGACACCCAAGAAGCAAGGAAGGUGUGUAUGUGAGGAAAUUUGAAAAUUGCUUCUAAUUUUAGUUUUUUGCAUUUAGAAGGGACCAUUUUUGAGAUCUUUUUAAUUUAUUUUGAUGCAUACAAUAAGUGCUAGUGGCGUAAGCCAACCUAUGCUGACGGGGUAAGCAAUUGGUGCAAACCGCUCUCAAUUAUUAACAGACGCCCAGUUUCUGCUGACAUGCUACUAUCGCGUUGCCCGAUGCUCGACUGACUCGUUGUCCGAAUCCCAGAUGUGCAACCCGCCUAUCAUUGUUUUAUGACGCCGACUACACAAGAAAUGACGUUGUAGUGUUCCUGUCCUUGUUGAUAAAUACUCUUCCAUUUUUGAAAGUUUAUUUCAAGCUUUCAUUAUGCGUAAGGGUUUUUCGCGGUGCAAAUUGUUGUUCUACUCUAAGACACUUUUAAGGUGCAGUUAAAAGCUGACAGAUUUCUCCUCUGUAUUGUUCAGGCUACACUGAGGCACUCAGUGUUUAACAUUUUUCAUGCCUGUUACACUUAACAGUGGAGCCAUUCUUUGACAGUCAUCGCUUUUUCAUCACUAUUCAGUUAACCCACGCUCUUUGACACUUAAUUCGGAGCCUUCCGACGGAAUGCAAGAGGAUUUCGCCAAAGUCAUAAUGUGCAAAACUGAUGAGGGUGGGGCAAAUCCACCAGCCAACAUAACCUGGAAGCACCUGAGUCCACUUGGUGCGAUCGAGCCGCUGACCAACGACAUGCACCACAUCCAGGAGGUGUCGCAGGCCAGACGAGGGGGCUUCGUCACUCGCUCCAACCUCACAGUUACCGCACGUCGGGAGUUAAAUGGCCACAGGAUUGAGUGUUCUGUCGAGAGUCCCGAACGCAUGCUUCUCUUUCGUCAGACUGAAACACUGGAGGUGUUCUGUACGUCUGCCUAACCACGUGUCUUUCAAACCCUACUAUUCUUGUGUACUUAACCUCUGAAACGAAGGAGUUGAGAUUCCUUUACCGAACACCUUCAUCCUCGACAUUUAGCCUUAAGCAGGGAAGCGCUUCGGUCUCAUUGUCAACAUAAAAUAUGUGGAGAUUUUGCAGGACGCAGGAUUGCAUGGAAUGAAAAAAUCUGCACUGGCAUCUCUGCUGUUUUUUACCUUAUUAUGCUGAAAAGCGGAUGAGGGAAAUAAUAAAGGCCUAGCGUAAACCAGCUUAUCUAUAACAAACAAGCGCUCAUCUCGAUGAAUAGAGAAAUCCAAGAAAAGGUGCGAAGAAAAAGGACGCAUGUCCUAUUUGCAGGAAAUCAGGCAAUUGAAAGUGUUUAAAGCAAAAAAAUAAUGUACGUGCUGUAUGCUUACGAAAUUUGUUUUAUCGUUUCUCGCACCCUUUGUUACGAUCUAAAAUCAGAAUCGAGUCUGUAAGACCAGCAAGGAAUAUACCGUGCCAGUCUCUGUCCAGCAAGGGCUUUCCAGUUGCAUUCAAAAUCAUUGAAUGCCUAUAUAUUACAUGCAGCUGAUGAAAUAGUGAAUUCGCGUCGGGCAAGCACAAAUGUGUUCCCUCAACGAUUAACUGGAAAAAGGUAUCUCCUAAGCUCUCUGUAAGUCCACAAUUGCUGAUAGAAGCAAACAAGCGAGUUACAGGAAGCAGUUCAGAAGAAGAAGAUGCGAUGACUGGAAUAAGAAGUUUAUUGGCCUGAGGUUUCGGAUUCUCACUCGAACCCAUCAUCGGAGACAGUUGCAGAUAAAGGUAACAGAGGCACGAAGACUGCAGUAUUUAUUGUACGUAGCUGUUGUGGGGCCACAUGCGUACUGUUAUUAACAACUCUCGUGCCCACCGCCUGGUGUCGUAAUUAAGGCGAUGAUGGCUCGUCUGUCCGCGUCCAUGUCGUUAAUUGCCGCCAUCUCAUCACCCGUGCUGGAUGUUGGCGUGAUGAUUACUCGGUCAUUUGGUCCGCUGUCACCAGGAUAGUUGAACGUCUGCGCCCUCCACACGCAACUGCGUUCGUGACCGAUCGGCUAGUUACUGUUAGAAUUCAGUACUUGCGACGUGUUUGUCGCUUUCUUGAACACUUUGCUUUUAGGCCACCGAAAUCUUUGCGACAAACGAGGACAUCAAGAAAGGUCUGCUGGUUGUCGUAUUCCUCCUCCAUCGUAAAAUGAUUGUCCGCGAAGACGACGUUGAGACCUUUUUUGAAGGUCAGCACCUGAUCCCGUUCGACGACGACAAAGGUGCCAUCUACAUAGAGUCCGGUAAGGGCACAAGGGCGCUAUACCGGCGCGUUGAGACGCACUGCAGUGAUACGGAAGACCAGGUUGCUGACUUGCAAUAUCCUCGACGGGUACUGAGAGUCAAUGGCUAUCAGCGCAGCAUUGCCCAUCAAUACGUACGCAGACGAAGCCAGAAACCAAACCCAAUCUACUCUAAAUUUUGGCGAGCACUUCUGUAAGUGAGGAACGUCUCGGAAGCCGUCAGUCGCCUACUCAUUCCACUUGGAGUCGGAUUUGCACACAGGCCGAAAGCAACCAUCAGGCGCCAAGUCAUAAGGCCGAAAUAUCCGCUGUCACGGCAGGAAACGUCUGGAGUUGUUCACCGGAUCUGGUACAGUUGUGGACAGAGCAACUACGUCGAGGAAGUUGGGAGAUUACUCCGGACGCGCAUGGCUGAGCCCGCAGCAGCGGUGAGGAGGAAGGACGCCAGCUCUUAGGUGGCGGCUCAUUUCGCGGAACCCGACCAUAUUUUAAAAUUCCAAGAGACCGAAAUCCCCGCGAGAGCUAACAACAGCGUGGGUCGCGAGCUGCUCGAAUCAUGGUUCUGAGGCUCGCAAUCCACCGACAAGCGCAAUGACCUCCCGGGACCAUAGUCAGUGCUGAGACAUUCCCCGAGCAGGGGAAUCAGUCACGUGUGGAGGGCGCGGACGCUCAUCUAUCCUUGUGACAACGGACCAAAUGGUCGAGUAAUCAUCACGUCAACAUCCAACACGGGUGAUGAAAUUGAGGCAAUUAACGACUCGGACGCGGACUGACGAGCCAUCAUCGCCUUAAUUACGACGCCCGGCGGUGGGCACGAGAGCUGUUAGUUAUAGUACGCAUGUGGCCCCACAGCAGCUACGUACAAUAAAUGCUGUAGUCUUUGUGCCUCCGCUACCUUUAUCUGCAACUAUAUCCGAUGAUGGAUUCGAGUGAGAAUCCGAAACCUCAGGCCAAUAAACUUCUUAUUCCAGUCAUCGCAUCUUCUUCUUCUGUAGUCCACGAUUGUGAGAGGGCGAGAACUCUCCUCACCAUGAGAUCGUUCGGCAGAAUCACUACGUCAGAAUGGGCAAACAUUAAGCAGAUUUUAUGAGUCAUUUUCUUGAUGUUGUAUUUUUUGAUUGUACUGGAGUGCUCUAUUAGCUCUGUUCUUUACGUCCCUAAGUUUUUUUACCGUCAUACUGACAGUUGCUCCGAACAGCGUACGGAUACACCCGGUCCCUACUGGUGGAGUACGCGAAGGCGACUGGGUUCAGCUGACUUGUGCGGUCUCCGUCUCCCAUCCGCCAGCAACAGUACGUUGGUUCGAAUUUCCCGCCAACACUAAUGACGCCUCCUCUGGGGGUCAGGAGAUUACAGAUCUCGCCCAAAUUGACAUGGUGAGCAAACAUAAGAAAUAUAUGAAAGUGGAACUUAUCACAUGA